AAACCUAACCCAUGUUUACAUGAUUACGUUCACUGAAUUAAAACCCCAGUGUUUGCUCUGAGGACGCCUCAGUGGGCGUGUCAUCUUCGGUGAACACAGGGUUGUGGUGUCGAGCUUCAUUUUUUCACUUCGGGGUGGUGGCCGCUGUUUUGCUCCAGGACUUCCCGGUGAGCCUCUGAAAGCAUGGGCGUGUUGAGAGGGGAUUUCUGAGCAAACUUAGGAAAAAACUUCCGGAUAAGUUAAUACAAGUUCGUUUACAAGCUCUUCCACCUCCCAGAAGCUCCACUGUGAAACUAUUGGCCGGUUAAAAAAAGACGUUGUUUGGGACGUUUGAGCAGCAGCGAGCAAACCCGGACAAAGAAAACCAGACGUACGAGCUAAGGUUAGCUGCUGGAGCUCUGGGCUAACUUAGCAUUCCUCAUUCCUGCGCCGCAAUGCAAGCCAUAAAGUGUGUCGUUGUCGGAGACGGAGCUGUGGGUAAGACCUGCCUGCUCAUCAGCUAUACCACCAAUGCCUUUCCUGGAGAGUACAUCCCCACAGUGUUCGACAACUAUUCUGCCAAUGUUAUGGUUGAUGGGAAGCCUGUAAACCUGGGCCUUUGGGAUACAGCAGGACAGGAAGAUUACGACAGACUCCGCCCUCUUUCCUACCCUCAGACGGAUGUGUUCCUCAUCUGUUUUUCACUUGUGAGUCCGGCUUCUUUUGAAAACGUCCGUGCCAAGUGGCACCCUGAGGUGAACCACCAUUGUCCCACCACUCCCAUCCUCUUGGUGGGCACCAAGCUGGAUCUUAGAGAUGAAAAGGACACCAUAGAGAAGCUGAGGGAGAAGAAACUUGCCCCGAUUACCUAUCCUCAAGGACUGGCAAUGGCCAAAGACAUUGUUGCUGUCAAGUAUCUGGAGUGCUCAGCUUUGACUCAGCGUGGCCUUAAAACUGUGUUUGACGAGGCGAUUCGGGCUGUUCUCUGCCCUUUACCUGCCCCUAAGAAGUCAAAGAAAUGCCUUCUUCUCUAAGACUUCCACCAUUUGAGCCGGUUGCAGUGGAACAUGACUGCUGUGGGUAGCUAAUCACACCAGUGUACACACAAAGCAAUGUACUUGUUUCUUUCCUUCCAUGAAUAUACCCACAGUACAGCAGUUACACCAACCGUUACCUAGAAGACCUUGAUAAAGGGUCCAUAAUUGGAGAAAUGUACCGUGGAAUGUUUUCAAUUUGUUGUUCCACUUUUUUGUUUACACUCUUGUUUGCUUGUUUUGAGUGAAAGUAACAUUGCCAAAUAUGUUAUGCACACAUUCUGUAUUGUAGCAAAAAAAACAAAACCAUUGCUUUAGUGUUUUAAACCUACAAAACAAACAAAACACAGCCAAUGACUUGCUGCUGUUUUUUCAGCUUAAUGGCAGAUGGCAUUCCAUUCAUUUUAUGGUAGCGUCUGUGAAGCUUGCACACCUCAUGUUAUUGUAAGUGUAGAGAGUUUGUUUUCAGUCUUUGCUCAUGAAUUAUAUUAAUUCCAAUUUCAUGGUCAAAUGUUGCAUAGCACACGCUGAAAAUCCACUCUGUGGAAAGGUCUGCUGACUCUAACACAGCUAAUAAUGUCUGAAAAACCAAAAAUGAUCCAGUAUUUGAUGUUUUGGACCUGUCAAGUUUAUUUUCUUUCCGCUGAAAUACCCCCCUAGAAAUGUCUCAAAUGUAUGUAACUGCCAGGUGUGCACAGCUGAGAACUUUAUUAGAUAUUGGAUUAAAUCUGUUUAAAUUGGUGGUGGGGAUCAAGAGCACCUUUAUGCUCUGGGAAUUUUUCAAUAACAUUUUGUGUGGCACAUUUAAUUCCCAACAGCAACACUACAUUCAUGCCGUUUAACAAUAACAGUAGUAUACGGUGUAUUCAUUUAUGUUAUAAUCAUGUCACUGACCAUUUUGUAUCUUCCUUCACAGAAGUUACAUUUCACUCACUGUAUUGUUUAACUAACACUAUCUUUUGCUUAUUACCUCUACACUCAGUGCUACCUUAAUCUCUCUGCAAGCCUCGCUUUUUGUAUUUAAUGCUGACAGCCUGUAUGCGCAACGUAAACUGAAAACUAUGGUUAGAAUUGCUGCAGUUACAUAUAUAUACUGUGUAUAUAUAUACAUAUAUAUAUUUGCCUAUUCACAAAAUGUAUUUGAACUACAAGAUCAGGGGUACAUGAUGUUUGUCAGCAUUGCAUUCAGACAUCAAGCUGUGCUUUAAUUCAAGCCAAUGUUGUGGGACUUUAAGUUUUAUGGAUAAAAACUAUUGUCACUUUUUAAAAAAAGCCAAUAAAUUCAAGAAGAAACAGA